AUGGCAGAGCGCCCGCAAUACUUCGAGAACACUUUAACCCCGCCAUCGAUCAAUGCGACCACUCUUUCCGAGAGCCUCCAAGAGCUUCGUGUAGCUGUUCGCAAGGGUGCCGAAUUGAUACAAGAGAACACUGCCUUACCUGAGACAUGGGGCCCAAAUGGCUUGUUCAGAGCUUUCCCCGGCAUCGCUCUAGCAUUUCUCCGCUUGGAUUAUCAGUCCUCGGUGUUAAAUGAUCACAAGGCUGCUUCUCUUGACUAUCGUUGUUACGCACUACAACGGAUUCCAUCAAGCCUCCCGGACACCCCUCUGUUAGCCUCCCGACUAUCUCCACUUGGCUCAUCUUCGCCUGUAACUGCUAUCACCUUGCGCAUUCUAGCUACUCUUUCAAAGAAUGAUUGGCAAGGUGGUGCCAAUGUCAGCAUCGCAAGGGAGGAUAUCACUUGCCUUCAUGAGGCCAUGCAGUACGCACUAACUAAUGAGCCUCUUGUUACCCAUGAUGGCAGAAAAAUGGGUGGAGAUGAGAUGCUGUUUGGCCGAGCAGGACUUCUUUGGGUCCUUUUGAAUGUUCGUGCUCACGAUUUUGACCAAGAGACCCAAGGAUUUCUCUCACCUGUGCUAGGGGCAAUUCCCGAGUUGAUCCGAGUGAUUGUCGAUGCCGGGCGACAAGGAUCCAAGGAAUACACUGAGAAGAACAGAGCCCAAGACGCACAUCCAUUAAUGUAUGCAUGGAUGGAGGGCCAUUACUGUUUUGGGGCGGUUCAUGGAAUAACCGGUAUUCUAACCAUCCUACUCUCAUGUAAGCCCGAAGAGCUUACAGAGUAUCUUCCUGUGAUUGGUGGUACUAUCACUGCGCUCUGCAAGCUAUCCGGAGCUACCAAUGGCCACCUCCCGAUGACACUACCACUAUAUGGUUCCACGCAGCGCUCCUCGGAACUAGUCCAGCUGUGUCACGGGAGUCCAGGACUGUUGAUUCUCCUAGGUACUGCCUUGAAAAAUAAAUCCUUAACCCGUGCCCACUGGGAUCCAAGUUGGGACCAAGCGAUCUACUUGGGCACCGGGCGUGUGUGGGAAGAAGGUCUGCUUUCUAAGGGAGGCAGUUUGUGUCACGGCGUGGCUGGCAAUGCAUGGGCGUGGCUCCUCCUCCAUGAUUGCUUUGAAUACCACUUAGAGACUCUGAACGAGGCCCGGGUACUUUACCUCCAGGACAAUCAGCUAUCAGCGCUUCCAAAUGCCGAAGUGAGUCAGGAACUCAAUAGUGACUUCUUCCUCUCGAGGGCACUUGCGUUCAUGUUGCAUGCACGUCAAACUAAGCCAUACAACACCUCGCCCACGUAUGACAAGGAUUAUCGUAUGCCUGAUGAGCCCUACAGCUUGUUCGAAGGUCUUGCGGGCAAUGUCUGUGCCUGGGCUGAUACGUGCGCGGUGCUUCAAGCUAGGCUGCGUAAGAUAGAACUUGGUGAGCAGGGUGUUACAUCUGAUUUGUCGCGAGAUCCAGUUUUCCGCGAGGCUUUCUGUGGGCAAUUGGGCUUUCCUGCUCUGGGUGGAAAUGGCGCAAUGGGUAUUUUCUAA